AUGGCCGCCAUUGUAAAGAUCGAAGUGCAGUCAUCAAUGACAGGAGCACGAAAAACGCGAUCAACAAGUGUGGCUGCCACUCCUCCUCAAACAAUUGCUGAUGCCACUGAAUCACCUGCUCUCGAUGAUUUACAGGCAAAUCUUCGUUCACCAACGGAAUUUGUAAAUAUCUACAAUCAAUACUAUCAAGAUGUCACACUUCGUUCAUCAUUUGUUAACAAACUUUGUCAUAUAUUAGCUGAUUCAACGUACGUCCACUCGGACAUUCUACAACAUAUUCUCGAUUCUUUUCGAACGAACCAUGAUACAUUACUGGUAGAGGUAACUGAAACACAGUUUAAACAAGACAUAUUACCAUUUAUCAAACGUCUACUAACUACUUGCGACGAUAGUGACGAGAUUCUGUUAUCUCUUUUACGAUUUCUUAUUGUUCUUAUUGAUCACCGAUCAAAUCUUUUAAGUUCAACAGUAGCUGAAUGGCUUUCAACUGUAUUACACUUUGUAGUUACGCGAAUUUCGUCGACAUCAUAUCUGAUCUAUGGCCAGUUAGUUGUUGACUUACUUGCUCGAAUAGUCAAAUGUUUCACACCAUUACCAAAGGAAAUUGUUGACGUACUAGGUCGAUCGCCCUCAUCAAUCAUUUCCACGAGUUUCUUGACUCAGUUGAAAACGUGGGUCAAGCAUGUCGAUGAUCAUAAACUAGCUUUGUAUGCUAUUCACUUAUGGGAGCCAUUAGCUGCACUUCUUAGUCGAUUAUUAACGCGUGGCCAUACGAAAGGAAACGAAAUGUUGGCUGUUAUUCAAGAUGCGUUUGUCGUUGCUAACUAUGCUAUUCGUGGUGCUGCAUUCACCGCUUGGGCUUCAUUCAUGUCACACAUCUACCGUUCAGAUUUGAAUCUCAAUCAAGAUGAUACACAUCAGCAACAACUAUACAAUCGUCUAUUAAAACUAUUUCUCACCCCAUUUCUACCCGAUUAUACAGCCAAAAGUAAAUCAGCAUCCAUAGCCAAAUGCCGAGCAUGGUUAAUAUUGGUUUCGGUAUAUCCAACACAUAUCGAUGACGUUCUCUUGCCAUUUCUUGCAUUUGCAUUUGGCCAUCAAACCUCAACGAAAACAUCGACGACAAAUACAGCAUGGUGGCCUGAAUGUCGCAAACUAGCAAUCGAGUGUUUACAUGAGACUUUAACAAAUCACGGUGAAAAUGUGAUAAAAGCAGCUGGUGAUCAAAUUCUCAGUUAUUUGCUCGAUUCAGCUAUGGAAGAAAUCAAUGAGGAGAAAUCUUUGUGGUUAACAAUUUGGAACUGCUACUUGACUCAUCUGACACGUUUAUUUACGAUGAAUAAUUCUAUCAGUGAGACACAACGAAAUGCAAUCAACACAUGUCUGCUGAUGCGACUCGAACAAUUCUGGAUUGACUCGCGUCUUUCGACAGACUUCCUAUUAAAGAUAUUUGAAACAUUUGAACGAACUGGAUUUCCAUUAGCAAUCGAAACUGUUCUACGAGAUUCCAGCAUACGAACAAAAACAUUAUCAUCAUCUCAAAAUAAUCGAACACAGGAUGCAUCAUCACCUGCGGAUCAAUCAUCGCCAACACGUACAACCCUCUCCGAUCAAUAUCUUCAUAUGUUUCUCGAACAUGCUAUCCGUUAUACACCGGAUGAUCCAACAAUCGAACAGACAUAUCUGCAUAUUCUCUCCUAUUUGAUCGAUACGUUAACGAAAACAUCUGAUGACAAUUUCUGUCAACAAACAAGUUUAUUGCUACUCAAAUGUUCAUUCGAACUACCACUGCAGCCUUUGAAGAUUCCUUCUCUCUUCUGGCAUAUUUGGCUACGUUGUUCAACACAUCUGAUACCGAUUCUUAAUAAUACCCGUUCAGUUGAAUUAAACAAUCAACGGCAAGAAACAACAAUUGAUUUAUUACUUCGCCCGUUCUCAUUCAGUGACAGCGAACAUCUUGACUAUUCGUAUACUUUAGUCUGGACGCAAUUGUUCAAAGCACUAUGCCGUUUAGUUUUACUUGACGGUAAACACUUGAUUCAUUUAUAUACAGAGUUACUUCGACAGCGUCUUGUUUUCGAACAAGCAAUUGCUGAUCAACACAAUCAGCGUUCAUUCGGAUUUCUAUUAACAACAAUCAAAUGCUUAUUGAAAACACUGAACGAUCUUGAUUUGAAUAAUAUUCCCAAACGUACAUUACCAUCCGUAUCGUCAAUCACGCUUUGUUAUACACAGUUAUCAGUAAUCAUGAAUGCGAUUCUGGAACGUCUCUUGUUAUCGACUGACGAAAGUACAACACAGUGGUUAUUUGUUUGUUACACUUUAAUGAAAUCGAAUAAGAUCUCGACGAAUGAACAAAGCAAAUCGACCGUGUUCAUCUUUGUACGCGAUUUGAUCGUUGAUCUAUUUGGUACAUGUAGAACAUGUUCACAACUAGAAACUAUUCUAACGAAUUUAACACAUAUUCACUCAUUUCUACUCACAUACGAUCAAUCAAUUAUUUCAACAUCGGCCUCGAGUGCAUCGCCUGUCUCGUCGAGCAAACAACAAACGGAUAACGUGAUAUUAAAUAAGAUAAUCUCGACUAUUCAAACUGUUUUCGAAUCUUCGAAUGGUUCAUCAUUGUUACAACUAGUGUAUCCAAUAUUGAUCGUCACAUUUCAACAUAGUAAGGCAAUAAUUAGAAAUAAAGCCAGAAAAUGUUGGAAUGAAACUUUUGGACGUUUAACAUUUAUUAGUUAUCCGAAUGAAUUAAGAGCAUGUCUGCGCGAUUUGAAAGAUAAAGAACAUUUAUUAUUACCAUGCUUUCUGGCCGAUCACGAAAAUAGUAAUACAGCUGGCAGUGGCGUUAUCAUACCAAGUACACCUGAAGAAAGUCAACUAUCUCAACAAAUUGACAUUCCAACACCUUUGAUUAUGACAUCGAUGAAUCCUAAGCCAUCAUUGCCAUCGUCGCCGGCACGAUUUUCCUCGCCAUGUGCGCCGCUGACUCGUUCAAUUGCAGUGGAAAAAUCCGAACCAGUAUUUGUUCCAAUUACAAACAAUAUCAAUCACGAUAGUUCGUCCGAUUCACCAGUAGUGAUUGCCAAACGCAUGACAUCAACAAGUAGUGCCCUAACAGAAAAACAAAAAGAAAAGUUACGCACACGGCAUGUCAUACCAUUGCUUUGUGAUGAUAAUAGUGAUACACAAUCGCUAACAUGUACAAUGGACACACCAACCAUCGAAAAUAUGAUGGCAACCUAUCAGCUUCGUAAUACUAGCACUGGCAAUGCACAAUCAACAGUAGAAAAUAAUUUAGCUUUAUCUCAACAGUCAUCUUCCGAAGCUCAGCCUUUCGUUCAAACGCCACCAGAAAAUGAUUCACCAACUGAUGCAUCGAUAACAGCGUCAGGAUCAUCGUCGCCACCCCCAAUCUCAUCAGCAUCAUCUACACCUAUAGAACAUGAAGACUCAUCGUUACAUACGUCAACAACUGCUGCUGCUUCCAACAGCAAUACAGAAGAGGACAUUCCAGAAGAAUCGUCGAUAGCACGAAAACUGCGUCGAUCACGUCGUCCAUCAACAUCGGCCCGCAAGAGUCUAACGAACAAUACAAGAAGAAAACGUGGCAUUGCUUCGUCAAAUGAAGUACCCACUCCUGUUCCAUCGGUUGUAGUUGAACCAGCAGCACCAUCUUCAUCUGACGAUAUCGAAAUUAUUAAAGCGCGUCCACUGAAAAGCAUUCUCAAGCGCUUGUCACCAACGAAACCUCGUCAAGAUCAUGCACGUCGCGUCGCUUUCCAUGAUCAAGUUAAAGUUCUCCUAUUCCCAUCACCACUACGCCGCGAUCCCAAUGGACAACAACAGAAAAAGAAAAGUCCAAAUAAAGACGAAAGUAAUAGAUAUUCGUCGACUAUAUCAACUCGACGUUCUAGUGGAAUACAUAGUAGCAAUAAUAACAAUAGUAAUAGCAAUAUGAUUAGUGAACAAAUAAAUAAACCACGUUCGUCGAAAUUGUUCAUUCUUCCGGACAAGCCAACAAAUGACACUACUUUAAAUACAACCGAUGUUAAUACAAAUCAAACUAAACCUGUAGAACCCAUCUUUGCGGCAUUAGCGGAUUGUGAUAAACCACUAGAUUCUUUAAUUCACGUGGUCUACGGUGGAGUUUGUCCAACCAAUGCUAUCAACUAUUUUCGCUCGAUUAAAAUCAAUACCGUUGGUGAUAUUGCUCGUUCCACCGCCGAACAAAUUGAAGUGUAUCCACUUCCACCACCUAAAUUAGCAAACAUACAAAAAGCUCUUUCGAUCUAUCAAGAACGCUUGAUUACAUCUCCAUCAUUAUCGCCCAUCAUCGGCACCAAUGGUGAGUCGAUGGCACCUAUUGCAAGUACAUCAGAGGAACCCAUUGCCUUUAGUGAUGGAACAUUCAUCAAAGGAGCAGCUUCACCGCCACUACCAACAACAGCAACAACAACAAAUAUCCAUGGUCCACACCAUACGUUGUAUGACGUUGACACUCUAAUUGACAGUCUUGAUUAUGAACGACUCUAUUUAAAUGAUGAUAAGGAUUCCAAUGAAGAAUCUAUUCCACCGUCAACUAGUCAAACAGAUUUUAUUCGGGCAAGACGGCAAUUAGCAUUAGCAAAUCGUGAUGACCAAAUCUCUCCUCAGAAACGUCGGUUAUCGACCACAAACGAAGAUAACGACACUGAUGAUAUCGAAAAUCAGAUCCAAAAUGACGAAAUCUCUCCAAAAAAACAAUCAGUGAUGGCUCUCACACUCGGUGAUCGCUUACAGAGAGCAGCUGACACAUUUCAAGCAACUGGUCGAUUGCCAUUCGAUGAUGACUAUAUUGAACUUGUUCGACAAUUAUUCAAUAAUUCAUCAUUGACACAUCUGGAACAAUUGCAUUUAAAAAGUUUAUUUCUUGAUGGCUAG